GGCAGCUACAGAGCGGAAGGGCAGGCGGGGGGUGAGACCCCCCCAGAAAAGGAGCACAGGGAGCUCUGACUGCUGGGGGAUGGAACCCAGGAGUCCUGGGCUGAGUGCUUGGUCUCCCUUCCCCUCGCCAGGCGGCAGAGGAGACAGAAGCACGGUCCCACCCCAGACAGUGAAGAAGCUUCUGGAGCAGAAGAGACGGCAGCAGACGGCGCUGGGCUAUGUGGCCAGCUCUCAGAUACCAGCAGAUGCCAUUGACCCUUCCCAGACAGAUGAGUGCCCAGAGCCCAUGGGGCUGGGAAGGGGAUCUGGGGGGGAACCUGCCCCUGGCCCCCCCCUGGCUCCCUACCCACCCUGGCAAGUCGAUCCCUCAUGCCACGCGGCCUUCCCCGACUGCCACUAUCACUGCUCAGCAGUGGCCAGCAGCUACCAGCCCUCAGGACACAUGUACGAUUCAACAGACUCCUACCCCACUGUGGGAACUGGGGUGUUUGGAGCAGGGGAUCCUUACAGCACCAUGAUGGCAGCCACGGGGGACUUGGAGGUCCCUGUGUCAGCCCCCUCACUGGGCCUGUUCCCAACUCCGCAGGCAUCUGCUGCCCCUUGGAUGCAGCCUGCCCGGAGCACCCCCUAUGCUGAUCCCCUAGAGCUGGGUAGCUUUGGAGACCCGGUUGGGGUGCUGGAUCCUGGGGAGCUGGCUAGGGCCCGAGCCGAGAUCCAGAGCAUGGACCGGGCGCGGCUGCUGCAUCAGGAUGAAGAUGGGGACACGAUCCUACACCUGCUGGCUGCCCGGGGGCUGCGUCAUUUUGCCCAGGCGGCUGCUGAGGCCUUCAAGGAGUGCGGGCGGCUGGAGAUCAAGGAGCACAAGGGCAAGACCCCGCUGCUGGUGGCUGCCACGGCCAACCAGGCCGAGCUAGUGCGGGACCUGCUGGCGCUGGGAGCUGAUGCCAAUGCCGCUGACCACAAGGGCCAGACUCUGCUGCACCUGGCAGCCACCUACGGGUUCCCCAAUGUCCUCAUGGCUGUGGUGGCAUCUGGGGUCCUUGUCAACGUGGAGGCCAGGAACUUUGAAGGGCAGACCCCUCUGCACUGCGCGGUGAUCUCCCACAACAAGGCCUUGCGGGCGCUGGGCGUCGGGACCCUGACCCCAGAGCGGCUGCAGGAGAUGUUGGCCUGCAUUCAGACCCUGCUGCACAUGGGGGCAGAUUACACCAGCCAGGACAUAAAGAGCAGCAAGACAGUUCUGCACCUGGCUGUGCAGGAUGGGAACCUGCCACUGGUUCAGUUCUUCCUGCAGCUGCCCGGGCCCCGGCAAUUCAUCAACAUGAAGGCCCACGGGAACACAGCUCUGCACAUGGCCGCAGCCCUGCCGAGCCCCCCCUGCCAGGAGAGCCUCGUGCGGCUGCUACUGAGCCGGGGGGCUGACCCCAGUGCCCGCAACCUGGAGAAUGAGCAGCCGGCCCAUCUGCUGCCCACCGGGCCUGGGGGAGACCAGCUGCGCCUCUUGUUGAAGAGCCGGCGCCCGCUCCCUGGCACUGCCCGCCGUCCCACCCAGCCCCCCUAGAUCCAUGGCUGCCGAAGGAAGGGGGCAGUGGGGGACUCAUCUGGUGCCGCUCAGUGAAGUGGGGUGGGGGGAGAGGACUUGGCAUUUCUUGGGAAAGUUGUCUGUAAUAUUUUCUGUAUUUAACUAACUUAUUGUAUGGGGGCCGCCCGGACACCUGGGUUUUCCAAGUCCCCUGCUCCCUUGCUGCUUGGACCCCCCUGGGUCCCACAGUAGCAGGUAGCAUGGCCACUCAGAUGCCUGGGUCUGCUGCUGCCUGCCAUGUGGGGCUGCACCACUUGGGGGGCUGAGCUCUUUGCCUUCCCCCUCUUGGGGCUGGGUGUGUGACUGCCCCCUACUGGACUGAGCAGGUGAGACCCUGCCCAAUCCCCCUCCCCCAGUGAGGCUGCAUGUGCUCAUGCCAAUGCAGUGGGUGGCAGCUGAGGGGAAGGCCAAGGGCAGCCUCAUCUCUAAACCCCCUAGACCUCACUCCCCAGCCAGAGCUGGGGAUAGAACCCAGGCAUCCUGGCUGCAGCAGCCUCCUUCCCACCCACCUACCCCCAUGGGGAGGGAGGUUGGUUUGCCCCAUUAACCUUUCCUCUGCUGAGCAUUGACUCAGCCCAAAUCUCUGUCUGCCUGGGGGCAGCCCCACACCUCAUCUUGUCUUCCCCCCCGCCCCCAUAUUGCUGGGGUGGGGGGGGCAGCAGAGGGUCCUGUGUUAAUUUCUAUGAAAUCAUGUCUUGGCUGGGAAUUGAACCCAGGUGUCCGGCCCCACCAAGGGGGGAGGAGCUACCCCCCCUUCAGUCUUAUCAUUUCUGUGAAAUGAACUUUUAUGAACCACAGUGGUUCACGUAGAGGGGAGGAAGAGUGAGGCAGAGUAUGGGGUGGACCCAUGUGUCCGACUGGCGUUUGACCCACACCCUCCACAUAACACAGCGCUGUGUCCCCAAACAGCCUUGAGUGACUGACUGUGACAAGGGCAAUGGCACAGCGGUGCCCUCUUUGGGCAGUAAGCAGAACUGCUGCCUGUUUCAUAGUCCCUCUACUACCAAGGACCAUUGUCCUUGGGAGGCAGGAGGCCGGGGUCCAGCGCUGCUAUUGUUACCCCCCCCACACACACACAUACAGAGGGGGGUCCCAAGUUUGUUCCCUUGUUGGAACAUGAGACGUUUCAUUCAGAAAUAAGGUUUAGUGCUUCUCGCCUUUUCAAACUUCCCGCACAGCAUCUGUGUUACUGGAAACCUGUAGGCCAGAUACCCUGGUUCAACUUAUAGCUGGGCCUAGUAGCCCUGCCCCAGCAGUGGCUGCAUCCCAACACUGGGGAAACUGUUAUAUGUAGCUGUUCCCUGGCUGCCCCACCCCACAGGGGGCUGUAUCUCAGUGCAUGUCCGCUGAGCUCUGACUAUACAAGGGGGGAGGGGCAGACUGUAAGCUCCUUCGGGGGCAGGACUGUAUUUUUGUUCUGUGUUUAAACAGCCCUUGGCACUGUGUGGGCCAGGCCUAUGACUAGAGCUCCUGCCAGCUGCCAUGAUGGAACUAAGACAACUGCUUGCCCAGACCCGAGGGGAAUCAAUGCCCCCCCCCCCCAGCUAAACACCUUCCUUCCUUCUCCCCCACCCACUCCCCAGUGACAGCCAGGGCUGUUCUGGCUCUAGCCAGCAUAAUACUGGGGCUACUCAGCCAGGCUGGGUCAGAGAGGCCAGCCCUGCCUGCCGGGGGAGGGUGCCCUCACACUGCCCCCUGCAGCCAGGCUGGGGCAGAGAGGCCAGCCCUGCCUGCCGGGGGAGGGUGCCCCCUGUCCGAGACCCCUUUUCACCUGUCUGGGGAUAAACAGUAGAGCUGCUCCUCUUAACCCAGCAGCUUCCCGCCUCAUGGUGACUCCUGUUCCCAGUGCCCCUAGUAGCCCCCAGCAGCAACCA